CUUUUUUUCAAAAUAGAUCAGCUCGUUAAAAAAAAGAUAUGAACACAGAUAGUAAAACGACUUUACAAGCAUUUGGAUUCAAUGCUUUCCAACAACUGAGUAAAAAAAAGCAAGUGAAAAUUAAGGCUACUCAUAACAACAUAGUCAAAAUAUUACUGGCCACGUGGGAAUCUACCUUUCUCCUCACAGACCAAGGUGCUAUUGAACUUUAUGGAUUCAAGACUACCAAGUUAGAGACUUUAGUGGACAAAUGGAAUAAGAACGAUAUAAGAAUAAAACAUAUCUUUGGCGACAUAGUCAUUGGUUUGGGCAUUAUUGAUGAAACUGGCAAAACAUAUUGGUGGUGUCUUCAAAAAGACAAAGACUUCCAAGUGAACGAUGGCUUGUUAUUAGCAGAGAAUAUCAAAGACGCGGGAAUAUGUCAAAACAUGGGUCGACUCUAUCUAUUAUCAGUUGAUGGAAAAGUGAUUGUAUAUGACUUGAAACAACUUGAAAAGAAACAAUACGAUGUGUUAACGUUACCACGGGUGUCAAACAUGGCAAUGUCACCAAAUCAUGUCUUAUUUGCAGUGGAAGGAAUCACACCUAUUUAUGGAUUAGGGAGUAAUCGAAUGGGACAAUUAGGGAUAGAGCAACUACAGCAUACCGAUACACCAGUGGCACUUGAGUUUUUUGAUGGAUUGGGGACGAUGAUAUCAGACGAUAAUACAAGUACCUCUCAAUCAACAACAACAACAACAGCAGCAGCAGCAGUAAAAGUAUCAUGUGGACCUUUCCAUUCAGCAGUAGUGAUUGAACAUGAUUUAUAUACAUUUGGUUGGAAUGAUCAUGGACGAAUAGGAUGGGGCAACAAUAAUAACGAUGAUGAUAAUGAAAACAACAUUAAACUAGCAGCAUUCAAAUGGAAUGAUAGUCAGAACAAUGAGGAUGAUAUUUUAGUGGACAAUGUGAGUUGUGGUUCAAAGCAUACGGUUGCAAUAGAUGUGAAUGGCAUAGCUUGGACUUGUGGGUCAAAUGGGUAUUUGCAAUUAGGACGGGAAACAAACAGUGACGAAGAAGAAGACUAUGAUGAUUACUUCCGACCAUGUUCGCUCACCAACUGGGUAAUCGAAUGCAAGGCUGGCCCUUGGUCUACGUUACUUUUGGAAACAACAAGAACAACAAUGAGUGAUAGGUAGAUAGAUAUUUCAAGACUAUAUUACAAAGUUUUUAUUGUUUUUUUUUUUCUAUUUGGUACAAAUAAAAUACAACUAUUCUAAAUAAU